UCGAAGCGACAGCAGCUAAAAUGAAGUUCUGGUGUUUUAGAGCCCCGGCUGAUGAUAAUGAGCCGCGCAGGGUCACACCCAAACCUGAGGAGAAGAAGAAGAACAAAUGGUGGCAGAUACGCAAAAAGAAAGAGAAGCAGGAGGUUUGCACCCCGGCGGAUGAUGAUGAGCUGUGCAGGGUCACACCCAAACCUGAGGAGAAGAAGAAGAAAUGGUGGCAGAUACGCAAAAAGAAGGAGAAGCAGGAGCAGAUGAAUGUGGAGGAAAAUGAGAUGAUGGAAAAUGAGGGGAAUGAAGGGACAAGUGCACAGGUUCUGCAGGAGCAGGUCCAGGAAAUGAAGGAGAAGGUGGUUCUGGUGAACCAAGUCCAGGAACUGGAAGACCAGGUAAGUCUGGAGAACCAAGUCCAGGAACUAAAGGUUGCAGCACAGAACCAGGUAAGCACCUCUGAGAAGCAGAACCUGGAUGAGCAGAACUUGGAAAAGAGAAACCUAGAUGAACAGAACAUGGUGGAGCAGAACCUUGAGGAAAAGAACCCGUAUGAGCAGAACCUUAAGGAGCAGAACAUGGUUACAGAAGGGAUUGAAGCAGGUCCCCUUCAGGCUGUUGUUCUGGAGAACGUUUUCAGGUUCUCAUGUAAUGAAGUGGACCAGCAGCUGCAGGAUGUCCAAAAAGAUCACAUGGGAGAGCAUAUGAGACUGAUGGAGACUACGAUGGAAAAUCAGGGCGUGUCCGUGCCCGCCGUCGCCCCUGAGCCUCUGGUGUCAAUGCUGAAGCUGAAGAGAACGAGCCCGUGGAGCGUCCGCCUUAUACCAGCAGUACCGUCCUCAAAAUACGUGUCAUCGGCUCUGCUGUGUUCUGCAGCGCUGUGGCUUCCUGCAGACCGUCCUGGUGAUCAUCUGGAGAACCUGGAGAAGAUGAAAUUAAGAACCACCAAACGACACGACGACCAUCAAACACAAACUUUUCCAUCAUUAAAAUAAAAAUAAAGUGCAUUCCAGAAAAAA